CAAAGUAUCGCCUCGACGAUAACACAGCAAAAACUGAAAGAGGGGGAAAUGACCCUUGCUUCAGUCCCCAUCACUACCUUCUUCUCCUCUACUACGAGCUCCAACUCCAUCCCUGCACGCCAAAAAAGAGCAAUCAAGGUUAACACAUGUAGCUUCAGAGAUCGCCAUGGCCAAAAGCUUCAAACCUCUCAACAAAAACCCAAAGCGCUUUUCAGGAUUUUGCUCGAGAAUUGCUUCAAUUUCUUUGUCUCUGGAAUCUUUGUGUCAUCUAGUUUUCUUGAUCCUGUUUCUUAUGCUCUUGAUAAUGCAAAGGUUAAAUUGAAUCACCGGUGCCAAGAUGUUAGUGGUUACUAUUCGGGCAUUGAUGGGUUAGAAGGAGCUGCGUUGAUGAAGGAGCUAGGUUCCUUGGUUUCUGAUCACAAAUCAUUGGCUUAUAAGGAGGUCUGGGAGGCUUUAAAAAUUCUUGAUGCGGCUGAUGUUGAUUACCCAGAAGGUUCCUCAGAAGUGAUUGAAAUAUACUCACUGAGAGCAGUUGCAAAAGAAUUGGCAGGAAAACCAGAUGGAUGGAACAGAGAACAUUUAUGGCCUCGUUCAUAUGGCCUAACGGAUGGUCCAUCCUUAACUGAUUUACAUAACCUACGUCCGGCAGAUAUGAAUGUGAAUUCAGCAAGAGGAAAUAAGUACUACGGAGAAUGUAAUGAUAUAUCAACUCACUGUUUGAGACCAGCAAACCGGGAAGCUGCGCCUGACACUGAAACAGACAAACAAAGAUGGGCUCCACCCUUACAGGUACGAGGGGAUAUAGCAAGGUCUGUACUAUAUAUGGCUGUAUGUUAUGGAUUCCUUCAGACUGAUGGGAGCCCAUAUCUGCAACUUUCUGAUUCACCAAGCAUCGAGCGAAGAGAAAUGGGCCUCCUCUCAGCUUUAUUGCAAUGGAAUGAGCUCGAUCCACCUUCAAGAGCUGAGCAGCUUAGAAAUGACAGAAUAUGCAGGUUCUACCAGCACAACAGAAAUCCCUUUGUUGACCAUCCUGAAUACGCUUAUCACAUUUGGAGGCAUCCCCUCCCGAGUGUUCCUGAAACAUACAGCCCCUCCUUGAAAGCUUGGAUCAAUGAGUUUCAUUACAACAACGAAGGAAAAGAUAGAAAUGAGUUUGUUGAAAUCAUAGCAAGAUCCUCUAUAGAUACAUCGACGCUGAAACUUAUACUGUACAAUGGAGCCAAUGGAAGAACAUACAGAUCAUUACCCUUGUCAGAUGAAAAAUCAUUUGCGGUCAGUGAUGCUGGUUCGGGGUUUCUCAUCUACACAUCUUUCAUUCCCCUUCAAAACGGUCCAGCUGAUGGAAUUGCAUUUGUGUCAAGUAAAGAAGAUAAUCAUCAGUUUGAAGUGCUCCAGUUUAUUUCAUAUGAAGGUAGCGUUAAAGCAAUCAAUGGACCUGCAAAAGGUAUGGAGUCUGUAGAUAUCAUGAUUAAAGAGACGGAAUCAUCAUCAGACGAUGAUUCCUUAGGGCUGGGAGGCGAGAGGAUUGGGGAGUUUGAGUGGAUAAAGUUCACGGGGAAAGCAUCCCCAGGAAAAUUGAACGUAGGCCAAAGAAUAGAUUGAUGACAUUUUGGCAAUAAUUGGGAACUCAUGCGAUUUGCCAUCGUCGGACAAAACAUUUGAUCGAUGGGAGUUUAGGGCUGUUUGGUUAAUUUUCCAGAAACCCAAGAAAAUGAUAUUGGGUAAGAAAUCUCCAGAAAUGAUUUUCAAGCUAUUUACUUGAGGGGAAAACAAAACCCUGCUGUAAUGAGUUUUCUAGAAUUGGAGUUAAAAAUCAUCUCAGCACGUAAAUCAUUUAUGUUUUGUUGUUUUA